CACCUGUCUCACACUUCACAGUCGCGCGCCGCCAUGGCCUCGUAUACGCAGUUCAACCCGACCCGCUUACGCUCCUACAUUCUCCGCCUCCCGCUGGCGACUCGAUUACUGUUGCUUGCCAUUGUUGGGCUCUGGAUUGCGACGAUACCGCUGCCAUGGCUCAGAGAGUUCGCGCAGCUCGAGCCGGCUAAGAUGGAUCUGACCCAGAUGCACCGUCUUAACUUGUUUCCGUUGAUGCAUCUCAACUUCUUCCACAUGAUUUUCAACUUGGUCGCAAUUGCGCCUCUUCUCGAACGCUUCGAAGCUGAGUUUGGAACAUUGGUCACACUCGCGCUCUUCACUGGACCCUUUGGCACUCUUCCUGGAGGCAUAUACACUUUGUUGGAGAAGUUCGUCUUCAGGGCGAAUACCGUUGUCAUGGGCGCCAGCGUAUGGGUCUUCCUGCUUCUCUCGGCAGAAGUCAUGAAGCAACACAAGACAAACCCCAACUUCAGCGUCGGGCCCUACAAAGUCCCCACCUGGACAACGCCCCUGAUCCUCGUCCUCGUCACCAGCAUCCUCGUACCGAACGUCAGCUUCAUUGGACACCUUUGCGGCGCCGGCAUCGGCUACCUUUGGGCCUCAGGCUACAUCAAGUUCCUCGUACCCCAUGAAAAGAUUCUCAGAUGGAUCGAGACGAAAGCAAACUUGCUUGGGAGAUUACCCCACUACGUGAGCGUAGAUCAAAAGACCUACGGCCGCUAUGGUGUCUUGCCCACGACAAGCGUGCCAAUGGGUGGGAUACCGAGAAGUCCGGAGCCGGGUGCGAUACUCGGGCCGUGAAGCAUGUUGUACGAAGUAUCAAGACCUCCGGCUGAAUGUGGGUGGGAAUUAAUGAAGUGUAAUGUAUGGCGAUUUAUUGCAUGAUGUCCGGCGUUCUGGGUAUGGGUUCGGUGAUCGACGACUUUGGAUGUUCAAUGUAUAGAUAUUGUAGACCGUUCAUACUCAGAGAUUGUGAAGAAGCGGCCGAGGUUCGAAGCUGAGAUGAACUUCAGACACGAAACUAUGCAGUUCAAGAUAGAAACAGAGA